UGAACUGUAAUUGAGAAAGCAACUCAAAUUUAUUUAAUUGAUUGAUUUCUGUUCUGUUUCUAUUCAGACAACUGAAGACAAAAUCUUUCAAAGUCAAUGAAUGAAACAAAUUACUCUCGGGUAACAGAGUUUGUGCUGUUGGGCUUGUCAAGUUCAAAGGAGCUCCAGCCUUUCUUAUUUCUCAUAUUUUUACUGCUGUACCUAGCAAUCUUGCUGGGCAACUUCCUCAUUAUCCUCACAGUGACUUCAGACUCCCGACUACAUACCCCCAUGUACUUUCUGCUUGCAAAUUUAUCUUUUAUAGAUAUGUGUGUGGCUUCUUUUGCUACACCCAAAAUGCUUGCUGACCUUCUGGUUGAACAAAAAACUAUAUCUUUUGAAGCCUGCUUAGCUCAAAUUUUCUGUGUUCAUCUCUUUGCUGGUGGUGAAAUGGUACUUCUUGUAUCCAUGGCCUACGAUCGCUAUGUUGCAAUAUGCAAACCUCUCCACUAUAUGACAAUCAUGAAUCGUCGUGUGUGUAUUAUUCUGGUCGUCAUCCCCUGGUGUGUGGGUUUCAUUCAUACAACUAGCCAGUUGGCAUUCACUGUUAACUUGCCAUUUUGUGGUCCUAACCAGGUGGACAGUUUUUUCUGUGAUCUCCCACUGGUGACCAAGUUAGCUUGCAUAGACACUUAUGUUGUCAGCUUACUGAUAGUUGCAGAUAGUGGCUUUCUCUCCAUGAGUUCAUUUCUCCUCUUGGUUGUCUCCUACACUGUGAUUCUCAUUACAGUUAGGAAUCGCUCCUCUGCUAGCAUGGCCAAGGCCCGCUCCACCCUAACUGCUCACAUCACCGUAGUUAUACUCUUCUUUGGACCAUGCAUCUUCAUCUAUGUGUGGCCUUUUAGUGGCUAUUCAGUUGACAAAGUCCUUGCUGUGUUCUACACCAUCUUUACACCCAUAUUAAACCCAGUUAUCUACACUUUGAGAAACAAAGAAGUAAAAGCAGCAAUGUCAAAGCUUAGGAGUCGAUAUCUGAAGCCUGGACAGGUUUCUGCACUGAUUAGAAAUGUUCUUAUUAUGGAAACAAAGUAAAAUUAUGGGACUGGCAGCAUUUUUUUUCUUUUUUUCUCUGGACAUUCCCAUAAUUGAAUUACUGCUCUUCCUAAAGGUAUUCAUUUAACAUAUGGAGAUAUUUAAAAUU